AUGGAGGGUGAUAUGAUCGAGCAGUUCCAGGAGGAGUAUGAGGAGGAGAUGCUCAACGAGGAGUCGCCGUUGUUCACUGAUGUGCUUAGGGGAGAAGCACCCGUAGUGAACUUCACGGUGAAUGGACACGAGUACCACUAUGGUUACUACCUUGCCGACGGCAUCUACCCCUCCUGGCCGGUGUUCAUGAAAGGUGUUACUCUUCCACAAAGUGAAAAGCAUCGAGUGUUCACUGCUGCUCAAUCAGCGCAUCGCAAAGAUGUCGAGUGUGCCUUUGGAGUGUUGAAGGCUAGGUUCAACAUUCUAGCAGUUCCGAGACGCUCCUACUCGAGGCGUACUCUUGGAUUGAUUAUGCGUGCAUGUGUCAUUCUGCACAACAUGAUCAUCAACGAUGAGCGUGGUACAAAUUUGGACAACAUCUAUGAGACAGUUGAUUCAAAUGUCGGCCCUGCAAUACACCACCAUGCACCACCAAGCCUAGCAGCCAGAAUUCAGAUGGACACCGAUGUAUACACAGCUCCAGCAUGA